AUGGCUGAGGCAGUUGUUUCCGUUGUGCUCGAAAGUGUCAGAGACUUCACCAUUCAGGAAGCCAAGUUCUUGUCUGGAGUCAGCCGUCAAGUUGAAGCUGCACAAACUGAGCUAGAAUUCAUGCAGGGAUUCCUCAAAGAUGCAGAUGCAAGACAAGGACAAGAUACAAGAGUCCAGAUUUGUGUUGCCAAAAUUAGAGAUGCGGCUUAUGAUUUGGAAGAUAUUAUUGAAACUUAUGGCUUGAAAGUGGAUUCCAAGAAGAAGAAAAGAGGCCUCAAGAAUGUUCUCAAAAGAUUUGCCUGCAUCUUCAAGGAAUGGGUUGAUGUUCACAGGAUUGGGGCAGAAAUUGAGAAUAUCACUACUAAAAUUUCUGCGUUGAGAUCGAAUUUGCAGAGUUAUAACAUAAAGGAAAUAAGGGACAGGGACAGCCGUGGUGGUGAAUCUUCCUUGCAAUUGCAUGAGAGGCUAAGGAGAACCUAUUCUCAUGUUGUUGAACGUGAUGUUGUUGGGUUAGAGUCCAACGUUGAAGAAUUGGUUAUGCAUUUAGUGAAAGAUGAAAACCGUCAUCGAGUUGUAUCUGUUUGGGGUAUGGGCGGUUUAGGGAAGACCACCCUUGCAAGAAAGGUUUAUCAUCACAAAAAAGUAAGGCAGCAUUUUCAUAGUUUUGCCUGGGUCUGUGUAUCUCAACGUUUUCAAGUCAGAAAUGUUUGGGAAGGAAUUUUAAUUGAACUCAUUUCUGCUACCUGGGAACAAAAACAAGAAAUUAAGGACAUGACAGAUGAUGAAAUAGCAAAGAAGCUUUUCCAUGUUCUGCAAGAAAUGAGAUGUUUGGUGAUACUUGAUGACAUAUGGAGAACCGAGGCAUGGAAUCUUUUGGAAAUUGCAUUUCCAAAUGUGGAAACAGAGAGCACAAUAUUGCUUACUACACGGAAUCAAGCAGUAGCUUCACUCCCAAAUAGAAAUGCUUAUAUCCACCAACCCCAGCCACUCAAUGAGAAUGAGAGUUGGGAACUACUUGAGAAGAAAGCAAUACCUGCAAGGGCUGAAAUCGGUAUUUUCUCACCCUUGAUAUUUUCUUUUCCAGGUCCUUGGUUAUAUAGCAAGCCACAUAGAAACCAUUACAUUGCAUAUGAUAUGAUUGGUCAUAGGGGUAAAUUAACAAUACAAGCUCUGAUUACUCAAACUGAAAUCAAACAUUUAAACUGA